ACCGAAACAAAAAACAAAGUUCCUAAACCCAAGUCACCCAACCGUUGUCGUAGAAACAGUGGAAAGCGCAGUGAAAGGGAAAAAGAAGAACUCGACUCAAAGAACCUGCGGCGCCUAAGGAAGAACCUGCCGCGCCAAAAGAAAUUACACUCCGGCUAUAACGCAAAGAGGUUUCGUAGCGUCAAACGGUGAAGCUUUGAUGAGCAACGAGAGGGAGAGGAUCAUGUAAAUGAGAACCUGAUGCCAUUAUUAAUUUGAAUCUUGAUUCUCAUCAGAAGUCCAUCACCACACUUUCCAUAGGGUUACAGGAAAGAGAUUUGACGCCACUGACAGAACUACAGAAGGAAGAAAAACAUCAAGUCAAUAAGCAUGAUAAGGAGAACAUUUUGGUCAAUCAAUCAUUACAAAUCUUCUGAGGCUACUCUUAUUCAGCAUUCACUCCAGUACAGGGAUAUCAACUGCAAGUUUAUCUGAGAUCUUUCUCCAACUCAAGGAAUCACAACUAGCUCAAGGAAGAAGAUAAUUAUUAGAGGAAAUGGAGAUGGAUAAAUUUUAGGGAAAAAGACUGUAAUGUCAUCAGAAAGGAGUAUAAUUGAUAAAGGGUCCUGGGAUGGGAGCAUUUCAUCUAGAGAGUUCUACAUUGCUGCUUGUGCAUUUAGUGAGCAAUGGCAGAAGUUUAACCCUGCUUUUCCUCAAUGGUCAUGGUGCAGAUGUCCAAAGCUUCUUGGGGUUCCUUCCUCUGGAGUAGACGGUUAUCUCUGCGUGGAUGGUGUAAUUCCACCUCCCGGGUCUACUGUGGAAGAUAAUCAUGAAUAUGGCGACGGUAUAAUAAAAGAGACAGGUUGCUUGGAGGAAGAUGACAUUAUUGAUAGUGCUGCAUUGGUUCAACCUCAGAGAUGUGAAAGGUGCUGUUACGACUUCCACAUUGUUUACAGCUUAUCUUAUAGGGUUCCUGUGCUAUACUUCCGUGCAUAUUGGAGUGAUGGACAACCUUUGGCAUUGCAAGAGCUGGAAAAGAACAUCCCUGAAAGCACAAGGCAGGAACUGACAGUACACAAAUGGACCUUUAUAACACAAGAGGAGCACCCAUACCUGAAUCAGCCUUGGUUCACACUACAUCCAUGUGGGACUAGUGAGUGGAUGAAGCUUCUUUUUACUAGGGACACAUCUACAUUGGCACUUGGUGGAGUGGCUGUUCAUAGAUAUAUGGUCUCUUGGUUCUCCUUUAUUGCAAAAGUUUUUGGUCUCAAACUUCCCUUUGGAAUGUUUCGGAGUAGUGAUUCUCAUACUCAACCCUCUAGCUAAGCAGCAUGUCAGAACAUACACAUUAGUUAUUUUGAGAUUUUUUCAUUUUGGUUCUGUAUCUACUGUGCUAGUGACACUUCAAUAUUCAUGUUUUAACUUUUUCACC